UCUGCAGCAGCACUUAAGAGGAUCAGAGGAAACAAAAGAGGAGGAGGAGGGCAGAGAGAGGGGGAAAGUCAAAAAGAUGACGUGGAGGACCCUGGCAGUGUUGUCCCUGCUGCUGUGUUUUGGCUCAUCUUGCUGUGAUGAUUCUUUCAUGUCUGAUACCGUCAUCAACAAUGUCAUUCAGGACCCUCAAACUGGUCGAAUUUACCUGGGUGCCAUUAAUAACAUCUAUCAGCUGAACUAUGACCUGCAGAAGGAGAGCAGUGCUGUAACAGGCCCUAGGCACGACAACCCACAAUGCACUCCACCAAUCACUGCACAGUGCACUGAUGCAAAGGAUAUGUACAACAUCAACAAACUCCUACUGGUUAACUCCGCCAACGGCACUUUGAUUGUUUGCGGAAGCCUUUUCAGGGGCAUCUGUUCUUUGGUAAGCCUCAACAGCGUGGACAAACCGGUGUACUACAGUGACACUAAAGGCGAGAAGACAUAUGUAGCCAGCACAGAGGAGUCUGUUACCGUAGUGGGAGUUAUUUCUUAUUUUAUAGAUGCUCAUACUAAUGCAAACCUCAGCGUAUUUCUAGUGGGGAAGGGCUAUGGUAGCUCGGACAGUUCGAAACUCAUCAGCACCCGAUUACUGCAGGAGCACGGAGAAAUGGAUGUCUUUGAGAACAUGGUUGAAGCUUCCACUGUGCAAGCUAGUCCUUUCGUCCAGCGUUACCUCCAUGACUUUCGCCAUGCUUUCAAAGACAAUGGCUACAUCUACUUCUUGUUCUCGCGCACUCCGGGCACCAGUGACAGCAGGAAGAUCACAUUUAUAGCACGCCUGUGCGAGAAUGACCAUCAUUAUUAUUCUUACACCGAACUUCAGCUCAACUGCUCUGUCAGCACUGAACAACGGGAGAACACGUACAACAAGGUCCAAGCAGCAUAUCUGGCCAAACCAGGAGAAAUUUUGGCUAGGAAAAUCAUCCCUUCGAAUCCCAAUGAUAAGGUUCUGUUUGCGGUGUUCAGCGCGGAUGAGGACGGUGGCCGUUCUGCCUUGUGCAUGUACCCGCUCAGCAGCAUUAACACCAGGCUUGAGGAGGUGAUUGAGUCCUGCUACAUAGGGGAAGUUCUGGAGGACGAGAAACCAAAGACUGUUUAUUCACCCUACAUCUCCAAGACCGAGGCCAUCUGCAGGACCAAAAGAGAUAAGAACAUGGUGAAGGGAUAUAAAUGUGGCGCGGAGUUCCUGCCGUCUCCACUAGCCAGUAAACCCGAGUACGCACUGGCUGUCAAACCCAUCUUCACCCGAAAUGACAUGCUGACAGCUGUAGCUGUGGCGGUGGAGAAUGAGCACACUGUGGCAUUUUUGGGAACCAGCGGAGCAGAUGUCUUAAAGGUGCAUCUUGACCCCAGCCACCCUAACCUUUAUAACAGGAUUCCAGGGGAACGCACAGAUGGUGGGGUGAACAAAAACCUAUUUUUUAAUUCAACUUUGGAUAUCUUGUACAUCACCACUGGCAGAAAGAUCACCAAAGUGCCAGUGCAGGCCUGUGAGCAGAGGCAUGAUUGUCACUCAUGUGUCUCCCAGCGGGACCCAUAUUGUGGCUGGUGUGUGUUGGAAGGCCGUUGUACUAGGAAAAAGGAUUGUCGCAAAGCAGAAGGAGAGAACGUCUGGUUGUGGAGUCCAAAACAAACAUGUGUAACUAUUCAGUCCUUUGUGCCCCCCAACAUCAGCUGCAAGAAAACAGAGCGUACACAGGUGAUGAUUGACAUCCCCUCCCUCCCCAGUAUCAGCAGUCCUGAUAGACUUCACUGUGAGUUUGAUGGCUACAAAAGUCACGCAACUAUGGAAGGCACAUGGGUCAUCUGUGCUCUCCCGACCUCUGAGAACAUACCACCCACACCUGAGACACAAGAUUUUGUGGCAGUGCCAGUGAAGAUCACGGUAAAUGAUGGCGUUGAAGUGGCAUCUAGUGCAUUUGAGUUCUACAACUGUGCAGCCGUGGUAAAAAGAUCGGAGAAUACACCAUGCAUUGCAUGUGUGACCAGUAAGUGGGGCUGCCAAUGGAAUAUUCAGGAUCACACAUGCAGUGAUAGAGAUGACACUGUCAAGGGUGAUCAUAUCAUUCAACACAUGCAGGAUGACAGGUGUCCUCGGUUUGAGAUCCCAGAACCCUUGCUUAUUCCUGUUGGAAUUAAAACCCCCAUCCAAUUUCAGGGCAAAAAUUUGGAUGAAUAUUGGGCCAGAACCUUUCAAAUUGGCACUGAGCUCAUGAAACAGGUGGGCGAGGUGACUGUGGAGGCUGAUGGGUCAAAGUACAGAUUUGAGGGAUUUGAGUUUGAAUAUGACAAGGAGCCAGAGGUGAAUGUGACGUUCUACAUAAAGGAUAAAAUCACGGACAGGAAGAUUGACAGCACCCUCAGAGUGGUGCUCUACAACUGUUCGGUUAGACGUGAGGACUGCAGUCUGUGUAAGAACGCUGAUCAGAAGUAUAACUGCGUUUGGUGCGACACCACAAAAUCCUGCAUCUACAGAGACCUGUGCAACCAGGAGCUGAAGCAGUGUCCUCCUCCAAAGAUCACUGACAUUGUUCCUCGGUAUGGGCCGAUGAAGGGACAGAUCUCUGUCACUAUAAAAGGCUCUAACUUGGGCAUCAAGCAGGAGGACAUUAAGAGAAUCACCAUAGCUGGAGUGCCAUGUACUCAUCAGCCAGAGAGAUACUCCGUCAGUACCAGUGUUGUGUGUGAGAUUGGGCCUUUCCCCUCAGCACCUCCUGAAGACCUGCCCAAUGAGCGCAGCCUUGUCGGGCCAGUGGAAGUAGAGGUGGAAGGAGGGAGAACAGGACAGUCGCAGGUGUUAUUCACUUACAGGGUAAAAGCUUUCUCUAUGAUGAGUCCUUUUGUUGUGUGUGAGAUUGGGCCUUUCCCCUCAGCACCUCCUGAAGACCUGCCCAAUGAGCGCAGCCUUGUCGGGCCAGUGGAAGUAGAGGUGGAAGGAGGGAGAACAGGACAGUCGCAGGUGUUAUUCACUUACAGGGACCUAGACACGGCUAGUAUAGAUGAUAUCAGCAUCACAGUGGACAGAGAGCCAUGUAAAGUGUUGACAUUUGGUCAGGAGAUCACCUGCAUGACAGGCCUAUAUAAAGGACAGAAGAUUCCUUCAGAUAAGUUGCCCGUUAUUGUAAAGUACGGCAAGGACACUUCCAAAGAAGUCAGCGGAUUCGAAUACUCAACCAAUCCCAAAGUUACAGAUUACACCCCACGGGCCAGCUUUGUUUGCGGAGGUCGUAAGAUCAUAGUGAUGGGAUCUGGAUUUGAUCAGGUGCAGAGAGCCACCAUGCGAGUGCUGCCCUCUUCUGAAGAGUUCAGUCACAAGUCUAGCAACGUGGAGUUCGUUCAAGAAUUUUGCAACAAGAGCGAAACCGUAUUGGAGUUCCUCUCUCCGGCUGUGAACAAGACAUACAUAAACCAGUCCUUAAGAACGAUCAUCCAGCUGGACAACUUGGUGGAGAACUUGACGGAGUUUGUUUACCAUCAAGACCCCUCGUUCGAUACGCUGACAGAUAAAGCCAUCACGGAAAACAGCAUCAUCAGCGUUCAUGGUAAAGGUUUUUCUAAAGCCAUGACUGCCAAAGAGGCCCAGGCGUUUGUGGGUGAUGUGUCAUGCGCGGUGACGAUCCUGGAGGACGAUAAGCUGUUCCUCGUGGCCCCCUCCAGCCCUCCGAAAUCCACCUCCAGACGCCACCGCAGAGACACCAGCUCAGAGGCUAUGGAGCUGACGAUCAUAUUCGGAAACGGAGAGUGGAAUGUCGGCUCUGUUCGCUUUGAGAGGAAAUACUGUUUGUGUUUGCAUACGUGCAGGAGGAAAAGCCAGCAGGCAGAACGAGAGUAUGAGAAGAUCAAAAAUCAGCUGGCGAAUUUAGAAGAGAGUGUCCGUGAUCGCUGUAAAAAAGAGUUCACAGAUCUUAUGAUAGAGAUGGAGGACCACACUAGUGAUCUGAAUGAAGCUCGAAUCCCAUUCCUGGACUACAAGAACUACACCAACCGCGUUUUCUUCCUGCCCUCCAAAGAUGGAGCCAACGAUGUCAUGAUCACCGGCAAGCUGGACAUCCCAGAAUCCCGCAGAGCCAUCGUAGACCAGGCGCUCAACCAGUUCUCCAAUCUCCUGAACAGCAAAACCUUCCUCAUCAAUUUCAUACGUACCCUGGAGGGCAGGCAGGAGUUCAAUGCCAGGAAUAAGGUUUACUUUGCUUCCUUGUUGAUGGUGGCACUACAUGGCAAGCUGGAGUACUACACAGACAUCAUGAGAACCCUUCUGCUGGAGCUGAUGGAGGAAUACGUCCACAGCAAGAACCCUAAACUCAUGCUCCGCAGGUCCGAGACGGUUGUGGAGAGGAUGUUGUGUAACUGGAUGUCCAUAUGUCUCUACCAGUUCCUAAAGGACUCAGCCGGUGAGCCGCUCUAUAAGCUCUUUAAGGCCAUUAAACACCAGGUGGAAAAAGGUCCAGUUGAUGCCAAGAUGAAGAAAGCCAAAUACACACUGAACGACACUGGACUUCUAGGGGAUGAUGUGGAGUACACCGUUUUGACCCUGCAGGUGUUGGUUCAUGGCGAAGGUCCCGAUGUGACCCCUGUCAAAGUCCUGAACUGUGACUCCAUCUCCCAAGUGAAGGAGAAGAUCAUCGAACAGGUGUACAGGAAUCUGCCCUACUCCCAGAGACCCACGGUGGACAGCGUCGCACUCGAGUGGCGCCCUGGCUCUACAGGGCAGAUCCUGUCCGAUCUGGAUUUGACAUCACAGAAGGAGGGAAGAUGGAAACGAAUCAACACACUGGCCCAUUACAAUGUGAGGAAUGGUGCCACCCUGGUCUUGUCCCGAGUUCUGCACACUCAGCAGUCUUUCGACCAGAACCAAGACAACCAUGAAGAAAGAAAUGCUUUGCUGGAGGAUGAUAAAGUAUUUCACCUGGUGAGACCGGCAGAUGAGUUGGAUGAAGUGAAAUCAAAGAGAGGGAGUAUGAAAGACAAGGCCACGACGAAAGCCAUCACUGAGAUUUACCUGACUAGACUCCUCUCUAUGAAGGGCACGCUGCAGCAGUUUGUGGAUGAUUUCUUCCGCAGUGUGUUGUGUUCCGGAACCGUGGUUCCUCCUGCAGUCAAGUAUUUCUUUGACUUCCUGGACGAACAAGCACAAAAACAUGACAACGUUGAUGAUGAGACCAUCCACAUAUGGAAGACCAACAGUCUGCCUCUCCGGUUCUGGGUGAACAUUUUGAAAAACCCUCACUUCAUCUUUGACGUUCAUGUGACUGAAGUGGUGGACGCCUCUCUGUCCGUCAUCGCCCAGACCUUCAUGGACGCCUGCACCAAGACUGAGCACAAACUUACCCGGGAGUCUCCCAGCAACAAGCUGCUUUAUGCAAAAGAAAUCUCCACUUACAAGAAGAUGGUUGAUGAUUAUUAUAAAGGCAUCCGUCAGAUGGUUCCAGUCAGUGACCAAGACAUGAACACACACCUUGCAGAAGUUUCACGUUCUCAUACAGAUAAGUUGAAUACCCAGGUUGCAUUGCACCAGCUUUACCAGUAUGCCAGCAAGUACUACGAUGGGAUCAUCUCGUCGCUGGAGAACGAUCCUGCCGCCCAGAGCAAACAGCUGACCCUCAGACUGCAGCAGAUUGCCGCCGCAUUAGAGAAUAAAGUGACCGACCUUUAGUGCCGAGGAGCCCAGACUCAAGAAAGGAGACGGAAGUGCUACUAAACCCAGGACGGAGCUCAAUUUAAUGGGCUCAGAAAUAAGAACAGACCUUCUGGAGGACUCUUGUUUUUGGAGCCUCCGCUCUGGCGAGUGAAAGAUAAAGCGAGGAGGAACACAGACUAAUUGCAGACCCUUCCUCUCCACACGGCUUUCAGCUUUGCUCAGAGGGACCAAUAUAAUAUACUCUGACCUGAGGGGAACAUCACAACCGUCGAGGAGAGCGAAAACUCACUAUGGUACUUCUCAGAUCAGCACCUGCACAAUGAAAACCCAACAUUUAUUUUUGUGUUCUGCUAUGCCAAUAAUCAGAUGUUCAGUAUAUUGUUCCUGUGUAGAUGAAUUAAAAUAGUAUUAUAUGUAAAUAUAUUUUUACACUCAAGGCUGCAAGAGGCUUUAGACAAAAGAGAUUGAUUAUUGUUUCUGUGGAAGCCCGCUGUUUUGAUUUCCGGUGUAUUUUAAGUGCCACUCUCAUUCCUGUGCAGUGAUGAUGUCACAUCCUGUGGGUGCUUUGAUGCCGUUGGCUCACGGUUCAGUUUGUGGUACCACUAUCAGUUUGUAUAGGUGUUUGCGAUGCUGACAUCCGAGCCAGUGCUUUUUUUUGUCCCUCCCAAAUAUUUUUAGCGUAUUUAUCAGUGAUUGCGUACAGUAAUGUCAGUUAAUGAAUCAGUAAAGUCCGAUUCUAAUUCAGCCACAAUGCAAAGAAACGUAUGAUUUUUGAUCCAUGCAUUUGAUUCAUGACACACAGACACUCAGAACAAAAGCCACAGAAGCUUUUAUCUCCCCUUGCUUUGGUGUCUGAUCCAGCAGUUGCGUUUUUAUGUUUUGUACCAUGUUUGCUUUUAUAUAUGUGCACUUUGACACAUGGCUUGCCUUAUUUUAUGACACAGUUAUGAUUCUGUAUUUUAAAUCAACAAUAUUUGAUUUGAUCAAGGAAGUUUGCAUUGCUGGUUGCCUUUCUUAAGAAAUAAGUAACACAUGUAUGGUAGAGAAUUUUCUUGAAUGUGAUAAUGAAAUACGAACGCGACUUUGCCUUAACAGCAAGAGUUUGGACUGAGAGCGGCUCAUUUGCCAAUUAAAUCAUGAUAUCCUAGAAUUGAAAUUUUGUUUAUUGGUACUAUUUUAUUUUGAAAACACAAACUUUUUUUUCUUUUUUUUUUAAUUAUGUUUUUUAUUUAGAGUUUACCAAAGUUUAAAUAAAUGUUUUGCAGCUGUCCGCAACCACCUAAAGCUUCUGUUGUUUUAUAUGUAUCAAAUGAUCAAGUUUAAAGUGUAAUUUAAUUACUAAAAAAGAUAUAAUGGUAAGGCAGCUAAUGGUAAGUCAUCUAAUAGAAUAUGUAAAUGGUACGGUUUUCCUACCUGUAUGUUCUGACUCAAAUGUGCCAAACUCUCCACACUCUUAAUGACAAAAGGGUAAUGAGGACAAUAUUGUUUCUUCAUGAACUUUACUAGUGUGACUUGUGUUGCCUUUGGUAGGCGGUGACAAAGUCGCACUGCAGCCAAUCAGAGGCUGGCACCGCCCAUUCUGAGCAUGAUGGACACAGCAGGAAAUGCCUUUGAACUGUAAAUAUAGACCAACUGCCAAGAUUUCAUAUUCUUCUCUCCUUUUUCUCGCUCUUCCUGCCAGUUCUUCUGUGUUGUCUAGCUAUGACCGUGUCAAUGGCUUAUUGUAAAGCUUCUUGUUUGCCUUCCCUUACCAGGCAGUGCCUUACAAAUACAAGUAAUAAUGAUCAAUUGUGUGGUGAUUGUGUCUGCAUUAAAAUUGCAAUAGGGUCCUUAA